GUAUUUGUAUCACAACCUAGCUGGCGCUAGACUUCCAAUUUCUCGAUCCUAAAUUUGUUUCGCGGCUGAUUUAAUUUGAAGUUGAACCGGAGUUGAACACUAUUUCAGCCCUCAAGUCGAUCAACAUUCACUUGUUACUUUCUGAGGGAAGUGCUUUUGAUGAUACACCAAACACCAUGCGUUUCAGGGCAAAGAUAUUUGAUGUUGGAACCAUUGAGCAAUUUACCAGAGUUGUUGGUACAAUAGCUAAGCUGACUCAGCUUUGUGUAUUGAGAAUAACCUCAGAUAGGAUGUAUUUUAUUCUCAAUGAUAAGGUAUCAAAGGGACAUCUCUGGUGUGAUCUUCAAGCACUAAAUCUUUUCAGUGAGUUCAGUAUGGAAGGCAUAGCUGAGGAUGCUAAUGAGAUCUACAUGGAGGUCAAUCCCGAUGACCUUCUGAGGGCGCUCAAGACUGCUCAGACCGCCAAGUCCGUCAAGAUCAAACUCACCAAGAAAUUCAGUCCCUGCUUGUCACUUGAUGUGGAGCUGCCGUCCAGAACAGGACACAGCCGAACUAUCACUCAUGAUAUACCUGUCAUUGUGAUGCCAAGGAGACAGUGGGAGGAAUAUAGUGAACCAACUCUACCAGAUUUUGAUGCUACUAUCUGCAUGCCACCAUUAAAAGUAAUAAGAACUGUGGCUGAAAGAAUGAAGAAUCUUGGAAGCUAUCUAGAGUUAUCUGCUAACCAGAGUGGAGAGAUGAGAUUAAGAGUAGAAAGCGAGCAGGUCACAGUAUCAACACACUUUCGAAAUCUAGAGAAUCCUGACUUGGAUAAUGCGGAUUCUCAGAACAGCCAGAGGGACCCGACUGAUCUUGUUGGAGCUCGAGUGGACAUCAGAAAGUUUAUCCAUUUCUUGUCAGGUCAACAGCUCAACCCAGCAAAGAUUAUUUGUAGUAUAGUGGAUAACAGAGUGAUGCACUUCUUUCUACUUCAUGAGGAUUUGUCCAUCCAGUAUAGCAUGCCCAUCAUCUUCACCUGAACAUGCUGAACAAUGCUGAUGCAAGUCUACGCAAACUUUGCCUGUGUUCCGGUUGUUGUACCAUGGCACGGCAGAUUGCUGUUAACAGCUGUAAUGUGGAUAUCAUGAUGGCUUAGAAGAAAGUGCUCAUCUUUAUGAUGAUGGAAGCCGAGGUUCCAUAGAUGUCAGUGUGAAUACAACUUCAUUGUCUUUCGUUUUGAUUGGAGGAAGUUGCCUUCUAGGCAGUAUGGUGUUUUUAAUGGACGCCACCAAUGGUGGAGGCCCAAAUUCUGGUCAGUGCCCUACUGGCACAUAUUUUAUACUAAAAAAGGCAACUGAAAUAUGUGUUGGUCAUGAUCCAGUCAUGUUGUCUUUUUUGAGCCAGAAGGGCAUUACCGGUAAUUCAUAUACUUUAACACAGAGUCAACACCCUUCUGUCUCUGAACAGACGAUAUCCCAUUACUGUCGGUAUAUAGUGAAGAUGCGGCAUAUAUGGGUAAAAAACAAUUCCUCUAUUUGAAUGAUACAAAAAAUGUGUACAUACGUAUGGUUGUCAGCAGAGGAUACAAGCAUGAUUCUAUUUCAAGCUUAAAUAGUAAACCACAAAUAUGUUUUUAGACAUGUUUAUGAAUAUGUAUUUUUAGAAAUGUGUAUGACAGGGGAAAAAAUACUUCAACAUUUCUGGGGCUACUAUCUGUUUUGCAUUGAACUCUAUGCAAAUUUUGGGGGGCUCUUUUAUGACUUUCGGGGGCACUUUUGGGCAUUUCGGGGGCUAAUUUGCCCCGAUCCCCGGUGUAUUUUUUUCACUGGUGUAUGAAUAUGUAAUUUUAGAAAUGUGUAUGGUCUACUCUUGGAAUGUUGGAGCAUAACAUAGAGCAGCAAAGCUCCGUGAAUUGUGGACUUUAGUAGAAGCCACACAUGUAGUAAUGCCUUACUUUGUGUCUGUGGACCUUAGGCAUAUAACCAUUCCAGUCGAUAAAAGUAGUGUUUCCAAUUAUCCUAGAAAUCAGGCAAAGCCUAGAAAACAAGUUUCCUCUUUUCAGUCGAGGAAAGUCAGGAAUUUGAGGAAAAUCUAUCUAAUCAGGGGAAAAUCAGGAAAGAAAGUAGUUAUUUUGUGUCUUGUCUACAAAGAGAAGAUAUUUAAAGGAUACUUUUAAGAUGUUACAAACUAGAUAAAGAUUGAUAUAAUGAUCCUGGAACAUCCAAGGAAAUAUCAAGAAAAUUGUGUUUUCAUGAAAUGCUGAGCCGGAACUACUAUUUUAGGCUUUCUGCCAUGUUGUAUAUUUGUAUCACUCCCCUGCAAUUGAUCCAUCUUAAAAUAUUCCAUUUUCAUUGGAUUUGUUUCAGUGAGAAUAUGUCAUUUGUAUGCAGUUCCAAAGUGUCUCCAGAUUUGUGACAAGCAAUGGGAAGCAUUUCAAAAUGAUUGCGCUAAUGUGGUAAUACAUACAAAUGUGUAAUUAUCAAAGCUUUGUUCUUUCUUAUCAAUUUCUUCCAUUUCUAUUUCUAUGCAAGAACAUAUUUUCAUAUUUGUUUGAAAAUAUAUUCAAGAAACAUAAAUGAUAUACCAAACAGUGGUAUGAUUAGAAA